AAAUUGGCGCCCCCUGGUGACCCGAGUGAUCGCUUGGGUGGUGGGAAAGAAGCAGGGUUCCCUACGGUCCGGACGCCUGGCCCUCGAGGUCACGUGGGUCCUAGGGUGCCAGCAGGCUCUCUGAAUGCCAGCGCCUCCGUAGCUUGCCUGCUGCAGUCGGAGCUGGUGAACUAUGAGCGCGUGCGCGAGUACUGUCUAAAGGUGCUGGAGAAGCAGCAGGGCAACUUCAAGGCCACCUACCGCGCGGGCAUUGCUUUCUACCACCUCGGCGACUACGCACGCGCGCUGCGCUACCUGCAGGAAGCCCGCAGCCGAGAGCCCACAGACACCAAUGUCCUCCGCUACAUCCAGCUGACUCAGCUGAAGAUGAGCCGCUGUAGCCUCCAGCGGGAAGACAGCGGGGCUGGGUCCCAGGCUCGGGAUGUGGUGGGCUGAAGCAAAGGGCUGCUUGCUUCCACCCUCCCACCUCGCUGUGGAAACUUCCCCACUCGUGUGUGUUGGUAAAGCAUUUCUCUCUGGUGACGA